AAAGAAGCAAUGAUUGAAGAAGAAGAUUUCUACAAACGAAAAAAUUCAAAAAUGAGGACAAAAUCAAGUUUCCCUCCACACAUGACUCUGCAACUCUCGUGAUUCUCAUUUAUUUCCUCUCCCCAUCUGUUCAUCGCUCUCUGUUACGACUCCGUCCCACCAUUAUCAAUGUCAACCCGAUCUCGGUCCCUCCUACCUUUUAAAUCUCGUCUCUUGUUCCAGACCCACAAAUCCAUGAGCACUCGUUUCUGUUUUCUCUUGGCUUUUCAAUGGAAGCCAAUGGUCACUCGCGGCGGAGGAGGGGGGAUGGGUGCACUGUCGUGGAGUGUUAUACGCCUCGGAAGGUCGUGGGCAGGUGGCUUUCUGGGUUGAGAAGUUCCAAGGGGAAGAGAGAGAUAGGAGAAGAAGAUGAAACCAGAGGAUACGAAUUACCGCCCAUAAGAUGUUCGACGAAACGCCUGAACCAAAAUACGCAGGAGACUAAUAGAUUUGAAUCACAGAGCAGAGAAGCACCUUUAGAAAUGGGAAUUGGUUCCUUUUUACUCUAUCUUGUUGUUGCAAGCAAAACUGAGCUUGACAAGAUGACAAACCUGCGAAUGGAGAUGGAGAUGUUUCUUCUAAAUGCAAAAGAAGAACUACAGAAGAAAGAACUACAGGCAAAUCCACCUAUGUCUUCGAAUGAAACAAGCGGCUACCAGUUGUCUCCUCAAGAAUUCUCGAAUCUUGCGUCAUCCAUUUUCCAAGAGUCAUCGACGAGCGUUCUUCAAGAGGAGUACACAGAAUUCGAGGUCUCAAAACCCGAGGAUCACUAUCGAGGACCAGACCGCAACUCAAAACUUCAGGCUGAGGUAGGUAGGUUGCCUCUGGAUGAAAAAGCAGAGAAUAGACACACAAAGUAUCAGAUUCUGAGAGAAGGCAAACUUAAAGGCAAUGAGGUAGGGAUGGUGGUUACCGAUGAACGAUAUGGAGUGUGUCCAUUUGAACUAGAGAAAAAACUGCAUGAACUACUGGAGACAAGGCAACAAGAAGAGUUACUGAAGCUUGAGACUGCUCUGAGUCGUGUUGAACGUAGACUUCAAGAGAAAGAAACAGAGAUUUCAUGGUGGAAAGAUGCAGCCCGCCUGCUUGCUCAGCGUGUUCCUGAGUCUUCUCGAUCUGGACUAGAAUGGUGCAACCCAGACUCUUCCACAUGUUCAGAACGAUCUGUUCCAAGAUCUUAUAAAGCAUGCUCUAAACACCGCACCAGUUUUUCUAGAUGAUGAAUCCUUUAAGUGUUUAGUGUCUAGAAUUUCUGUUAUAGCGUUUGUCUGAAGUGUUCUUAAACGAU